AUGAGUGGGGGUUGGAAUACUAUUGAAUCCGAUGCGGGUGUCUUUACCUUCCUGCUGGACAACUUAGGCGUCAAGAACGUGCAAUUCGAAGAGCUAAUCGCACUCGACGCGGACUUCCUACGACAACUCUCCCCCGUUUACGGCGUCAUCUUCCUCUUCAAAUACCCUACGGGCGAGAAAGCAAACACAGACGGCACGCCGAAAGACGGACAAUACGACUACGCAGCCGCCGAGAAUCUUUUCUUCGCCGCACAAACCAUACAGAAUGCGUGCGGUACACAGGCACUGCUGUCGGUGUUAUUGAAUAAAGAUGGCGAGAUUGAUGUUGGCACGCAGUUGCGGGAGUUCAAGGACUUCACUUCUGGCUUCCCAGCGGAGUUUAGGGGUGAGGCACUCAGCAACUCGGAGCUGAUUAGGGAUGUGCAUAAUAGCUUUGCGAAGAGCAGUCCGUUUGUAGAUGAGACGCAGCGGACGGCAACGGAUGACGAUGAUGUGUAUCACUUCAUUGCGUAUACGCCUAUUAACGGCAUCCUCUACGAACUAGAUGGUCUACAGCCUGCGCCGAUUGCGCAUGGAGGGUGUACGUUUGAGGAGUUUCCAGAGAAGGUUAUACCGGUCCUGCAGAGGCGGAUUGAGAGGUAUCCGGCGAAUGAGAUUCGGUUUAAUCUGCUGGCGAUGGUUAGGGAUUUGAGGGUUCGGGCGAGGGAGUUUGGGGAUCAGGAUGCGUUGUAUAGGGAGGAGCAGAAGAGGAAUGAGUGGCAGUUUGAGAAUUCGCUAAGGAGGCAUAACUUUGUGGGGUUCGCGGGCGAGGUACUGAAGGGUGUGAUUGCGGAGAAGUUGAAGGAGGGCCCCGAGGCUUAUGGGAAGUGGAUUCAAGAUGCAAAGGACAAGACUAAGCAGAGGAGUGAGGAACAAAAGAAGAAAGGGGGUGCGGCGGACGAGGACGAAGAAAUGCUGGGCUCAUGA